CCAGCUAAACUCCGCUGUGGAGUCAUAAGGCCUAUGAGCGAAUCCAGAUGAGUUUGAGAGCUGCUAAAACGCGCUGUCGUUCUUGAACACAGCUUCAGUUUAUAUUUGGCUUAAAGGAGACGCAUCAAAGCGCACAAAAUGGCUGUGCUCUGGGCCUGUGCGAAUAAGUAGGUUUACUAUAGCUUUAAGAAUAAGAAAAUAGUGUCUGCUUCUUUAAAACUGUAUUGGUUUAUAGCUGAAUAGAUAAUUAACAAAAGUUUUAGUUUCUAAUGAAUAAAUGUAUGUAUUUAAUUUGCGGGGAAUCCAAUUGAAAAUGCAUCGGUGUUGGAUAAGGGCCGCUUGCAGUCAAAACGUCUUUAUAGCAGACGUCCUUAGUUAUUUAUCACUUUGCGUGUAAACCUGCUUGACUUCAGGGGGAAUUGAAGGUAGGAUAUAUUCCCGUUGCGGUGAUGGAACCAGCUGGCAACAGAACCGGGGAUGUAAAUAAAGACGAAGAGCCGAAAGAGGACAGGGCCGCGAAGGAGACCCCGGCCUCCAGUACGAUCGGUACCCAGAGAAGGGCGCUCAGAGAUCGGGGAGCAGGUCGACCUAGGUCCGGUGUUUCCUCUUCUGCGGCGGAGGUUAACGGAGCUGCUUCGAGCGCCUCCGGGCGGGUUCUAAGGGACCGGUCCACCAGGGCGGUACCAGCCUGGCUGAAGGACUCGAAAAGCGACGAGGAGGAAGACGAACCGAGUCCGGACAGCAGCGCGGCCAAGCGGAGGAAAGUUUCCAGCUCCAGGCGGAGGAAAGGAGCAGAUGCUGCGGGUCAGGUGGAAGCAGGAGAGGGACUGACAGGAGACAGCCUUCAAGGCACAGAUUGUGAAGACCCAAAGAGAGCUGCCUCACAUGUUCAAGCGCCCCUCCCCAAGCAACCCCCAGCCCAGAAUAAUGCCAGGUCUCCAGCUGGCAGGGCUGCCCGCAGUGCCACAAAGGCUGUGUGUAAGACCGAACCUGAAAUGGAGGCUCCAGCCGCAGUGGAAGAUGGGUGUACCGAUAAAGAAAAGUGUGACAGUGAAAAGACCGAGGAUGACGGCAAGGAGGGAGCUGAACAAGCCCUGGAUAUCGAGGCGAUUCCUUAUCAGGAUGACUCGAAUGAUUUUAGCUAUCAGCCGCAGAGUCAGAGCAGCGUUGACGACGAGGAGGACGGACUCAGCAGCGAUGAAGAUGUUCCCUUUAGAGAUGACUUAAACGAUCAAAGCUACGACCCGAGGGCUGAAAGGUUUCUGGACCUUCCUAAACCAAAGCGCAAAGUUCCUCCCAGACAGAAGGACAAAAAAGAAAAGGAUAAAGCACCUAAAAAGGAAAAAGAGGCUUCUGAGAUAAAAGUAGAGGGUUCAGAUAACCUGGAGGUGGUGCAAGAGGAAGUAAAGCUGGAGGAGGAAGUAGCUGAAGAUCCAGAUGGACCCAGGAAGAGAGGCCGUAGGAAAAAAGAUGACAAAACUCCACGACUGCCGAAGAGACGGAAGAAGCCUCCGGUCCAGUACGUACGCUGUGAGAUAGAAGGAUGUGGGACGGUUUUAGCUCAUCCUCGCUACCUUCAGCAUCAUAUAAAGUAUCAGCACUUACUCAAGAAGAAAUACGUCUGUCCUCACCCUUCUUGUGGAAGGCUUUUCCGUCUACAGAAGCAGCUGCUACGUCACGCAAAGCACCAUACAGACCAGAGAGAUUAUAUCUGUGAGUUCUGCGCCCGGGCCUUCAAGAGCUCCCAUAAUCUCGCUGUUCACCGUAUGAUACACACUGGAGAGAAGCCUCUACAAUGCGAGAUCUGUGGCUUCACAUGCCGCCAGAAGGCCUCUCUGAACUGGCACAUGAAGAAACACGACGCUGAUGCCACCUACCAGUUCUCCUGCUCCAUUUGCGGUAAGAAGUUUGAGAAGAAGGACUGCGUGGUUGCCCACAAGGCCAAGAGUCACCCGGAGGUGUUGAUCGCCGAGGCGCUGGCAGCCAACGCCGGCGCCUUGAUCACAACCCCUGCCUCUCUCCUGGAGCUACCAGGAAACCAAACACAAGCUGAGGUCACGGGCAUGGAUGGGAGCCAGGUGGGGCAAGACGGCGAGGUGGAUCAGGAUGGGGGACACGGAAACCAACAAGUGAGCCCACAGGUGGUUUUACUGGGGCAAGACCAGAGCCUCCAUACGAUGCAGGUCCCCGUGACAAUUGCCCUGACCCCCAUUGACCCCCCUUCUCCGGCUGACAACCAACAGCAAACGCACCUCCAGCUCCAGAUGCCCGUCCAGUUUGUCCAGACUGGUCAGCAGCUGCAGCAGCAGCCUCCAAUCCAGCAGCUGACGCUCCAUUCCAGCUCGGUGGUGACCCAGCAUCAGCCCCAGCUUCAGCACAUGCAGCCAUACUCCUCCCAUCAGCAGAGCCAGGGGCAAACCCAGAUCCUCCAGAUGACCUUCCAGCCCGUCAGCCAGUCGCAGACCCACGUCCAGCAGAUCCCCAUCCUGACCUCCUCUCAGCAGCUUCAGACCAUGCAGACAGCCGCUCUGAGCCACCCGCUUCUGUCCACAUCCCAGCCUCAGUCCCAGGAUCCGUCGUCCACCAGCGGGAACGCCUUCAUGCUGGACAAUUCAGUGCUGUCGUCGUCCUCGCCGCCGUGCGGCUCGCUCCAGCAGGCGGAGGUUAUGAGAGAGAGCAGCACAGUGUGGGAGCAGGCGGGACAGGGGGACGUUCAGGCGGAAGGCAGCGAAAGACAUGUGCAGCAGGUCCUCUUAUAAAAAAAAAAACGGGGAGUGUGUGUGUUUAGGAAGAGGACGGAUAACAGAAGUAAAAUCUGAGGCAAAUGUAGGAUCACAGAUAAGUGCUGUUUACUCAUCGUCAAACUUGGUAGCUUUUUAGAGUUUCUGUAUCAGGGAAGAAAGUGUCUGUGUAUGUUUGUUGCCUUUGUACAUAAGUCCUGUAACUAGCUGUUUGAGUUUGUGUGUCGACUGAUUUUAGUUUCCAGUUAUGCAAUAACACCCACCACCCCCUUCCUGAGAAAUUUGCCAUACAUCUGCUGCUGAAAGGGUGGCCUGCAGAAAGCUGGAAUAGAUUAAGUUAAUUUAUGAAAAGUGGGCAGCAUUUUUUUCAUUUCUAGCCUUUAUU